UUUUUUGUCAAGAUUUGACAGCCGUUGUUAAUGGAACAAACUAUAACAUCUAUAAUAUAAAUCUUUAUUUAUUUAUUUCUUUUCACAUCUUUAUAAACUAAUUUGUAAUUAUAAUAAAUUUAUUGUCUUUAAAAAUGAAUAUUGAAAGUGCUGCAAUAAAUAUAAUUAAAAGAGGUGUGGAGUUAGACACGAAGAAACGUUACACUGAGGCUCUAGUUUGUUAUCAAGAAGGUCUUCAAAUACUGGUAGAUAAAAUAAAAAGUGAAAAUGAUGAAUCUGUUAGGAGUUAUCUGAGAAAGAAAGUAGAGGAAUAUAUGAACAGAGCAGAAGCAAUAAAGAAACUCAUAUUACAGCAGAAGGAAGCGGGCCAGUUUCAUGAACAAGUGCAUAUAGAGAAUAAUUCAACUGGUCACAGUUAUAAGACACUGUUUGGUAGGUUCCUUGAUGACGAGGUUCAUUAUGUUGUUGUGGAGGACCCUUAUAUUAGGAGUUUCCAUCAGUGUCAAAAUUUCCUUCGUUUAUGUGAGUUGUUGGUGAGAUCAUGCUCAAAUUUGAGGCAUAUAGAAUUAUUGACAUCCAAGGAUAGCAAAUCUGAGACUGAUCAAAGGCAGUGGUUCAGUAAUUUAGCUAAUGACCUUUUAAGGUAUAGAGUUAAGCUUAUUGUCAAAUACUCUGAAACUCUUCAUGAUAGACAAAUCACUCUAAGUUCUGGUUGGAUAAUAAAAAUAGGAAGAGGUUUAGAUUUCUUUAAAGCGCCUGAGAACAAAUUUUGCCUUGGUAUGUAUGAUAUGGAUUUAAGACAGUGCCACGAAACUACUGUUGAUAUUGUGCAUUCUAAAAAUGUUAAGCAAUCAUAUGGAUGAAAUGACAUAUAGCAGUUUUGUUUAGUUUGUAAGACAAGCAGGUAUAUACCAAAAUUGUAUUGUAAAAAAUUUUUGUAUCCUGUGACUAAAUAUACUUUAACGAAUUUAACCACACUGUUUUACUGUUACUAGUUUGGAAAAGAGAUAAUGGUAUAGUAGAAAAAAAUCAUAGUUGAUUUUUUAUAUGUAUAUUAUUAAAAGCAUUUGUUUUGCUUUACUGAAACGGAAGUGCCUUCAUAUUAUGAUGUCUUCGUGAAGUGUUUUAAUUUUAAUUGGGAAUUUUACUACUCAACUUUAAUUAUAAUAAACAUGUAAAAUAGCUUAGGCUUUGUUCAUACAACACUUUGUCUUAAAGCUUCCUCAAAAAAUGAUCUAAAUUUAUGUAGCAACAGUGAUUAUACUUAGAUUGUUACAUGAUUACACUACGCCAUUUGCCAUCACUCAGGAUCUUCACUUAUCAUUAAUACAUCAUUUAAGUUGUUAAGUAUUCAUUUUCAAUAAUUGGAUUCAUUCAUUCAACUGAAUGAAUUUAUGAAAUUAUUAGUUCAGUCACAUGAUAAAAAAAUUUAAAAUUGCACAUUUUCCUUUAAGUGUUCAUAAUAUAUCAAAUAUGUUAAUUAAGAGGAAGAUAGCUUUAAAAUCAAACAAAUAUUUUGUAAUGUUGA